AUGGCGAUGCCCUACACGUGCUCUGAGUGCGGGAAAAGCUUCAGUCAGUGCUCAAGCCUUAUCACACAUCAGAGAAUCCACACCGGCGAGACGCCCUACACAUGCGCUGAGUGCGGGAAAAGCUUCAGUCUGCGCUCAAACCUUAUCACACAUCAGAGAAUCCACACAGGAGAGAAGCCCUACACAUGCGCUGAGUGCGGGAAAUGCUUCAUUCAGCGCUCACACCUUAUCAGACAUCAGAGAAUCCACACAGGAGACAGACACUACACAUGCCAUGAAUGUGGGAAAAGCUUCAAUCGGAGCUCUGCCCUUAUCAGACAUCAGACAAUCCACACAGGUGAGAAACCUUAUGAAUGCUCUGAGUGUGGGAAAUGCUUCAUCGAUAGUUCAGCCCUCAUCUCUCAUCAGCAAAUCCAUACCGGAAAAGCGCCCCACACAUGCUCAGAGUGUGGAAAAAGCUUCAGGCGGCGCUCUCACCUUAUCACACAUCAGAGAAUCCACACAGGACAGACGCCUUACACGUGCUCAGAGUGCGGGAAAAUCUUUAGUCAGAGCUCUCACCUUAUCAGACAUGAGAGAAUCCACACAGGACAGACGCCUUACACAUGCUCUGAGUGCGGGAAAAGCUUUAGUCAGAGCUCAGACAUUAUCAGACAUUGUAGAAUCCACACAGGACAGACGCUCUACACGUGCUCUGAGUGUGGGAAAAGCUUCAAUCAGAGCUCAAACCUUAUCAAACAUAGGAAAAUCCACAUGGGUGAGAAACCUUAUGGAUGCUCUAAGUGUGGGAAAUGUUUCUUUAAUCGUUCAGACCUCAUCUUACAUCAGAGAAUCCACACAGGGGAGAAGCCCUACACAUGCACUGAGUGCGGGAAAAGCUUUAGUCAGAGCUCAGACCUUAUCAGACAUCGUAGAAUCCACACAAAGGAGAAGCCCUACACGUGCGCUGAGUGUGGGAAAAGCUUUAGUCGGAGCUCAGACCUUAUCAGACAUCGUAGAAUCCACACAGGAGAGAAGCCCUACACAUGCUCUGAGUGUGGGAAAAGCUUCAAUCAGAGCUCAAACCUUAUCAAACAUAGGAAAAUCCACAUG